AUGGCGGGCCGCAGAACCGGAGGGACCACUCCGGACGGCUCGCAGGCAGGAGACACAAAUAGCAGCGAGCAGAUCGACAGCAUGCGGUCUGAGUUCAGUUCGCUGACACAGCAAAUGGGCCAGCUGGUGCAGCUGAUCGGAGGACUUGCUGCACGUAUAGAGGAGAAGUCCGGCGGUGCCACGGAGGGCGCCGCUGAAAGCGGCGGCGCCGUGGAGAGCGUCGCCACAAGCACUGCAGGUCAUUUUGGGACCGUGCAGUACGACGGGAGCGCGCAGGCAGCGGACCUGCGAAGAGAGUCUGGUCCUUCGGGACGACACAGCGGCGAAGUAGGGGGUUCAGACCCCCAAGAGGCGAGAGUAGCCGCUGCUCACAAUCAAGCUUGUUUCAGCAGCGCCAUGGGAAGUGGUGCUGCUGUCUUCGGUAGUGCGAGCGUGGGAUACCAAAGCGUGAAGUACACAGCGCCCACGUUCAGCGGAGACGCCAAGAGCUUUUCUUCGUGGCUAGAGGAUUUUUUGAUGGCAGCGAACACAGAAAACCUUCUUGAGCUUUUCGAGGAGGGGGGGGCGGAGAUCCCCGUAAACAGUGGGCAGAGCAAAGUCCAACUGUCCAGGUUUUACCCGCACGACAAAGUAGAGCUCGCUUUCCACGCGUGGAAUUUCCUCCGUGGAUCUCUCAAGGACGAGAAAGACAGGACAAUAAUGAAGCGAGCUGAGUCGCCCCUGGGGGCGCUCCGUGAGCUGAAGGGGUUGUACGACCCAGAAUCGUCCAUGCAGCCUGCGGAUGAGUUAAAAUCCCUGACAUCCAAGAAGAUCCCGAUGGCAGAGAAUCCGCAACAUGCUCUCAACAGUAUGCUCGCCACCGCAGCGUCCAUUUCGAAACGGGGGCUUGAUGUUAACGAAACGUUCGUUUUGCACCUCCUCUUGGAUGCCCUCUCCAACGAGCGCUAUGACCAAGCACGCCCUCAGACACAAGGAGAGGUGAAGGCGGGGAAAGGCAAGGGCGGUCGCGGCGCCGAGCAGGCCUACCUCGCCGAUGGAGGCGGCCGCCGUGGGCGGUCGUCGUGGCGUGGGGGCGGCCGCCGAGGGCGGUCGUCCUGGCGUGGUCGUGGCGGUGGCCGCAGCGGCGGCCGCGGGGGCGGCGACAGCAGCGGAAAAGGCAGUGGCGGCGUCGAGGAGAGCAAGGGGAGUGGCUCUGGUGGGGCAGAUGGCGGCGGUACCGGGGACAAGAAGUUCCCGGGCCGGUGCUUCACGUGUGGCUGUUUCGGACACACGCAGCAGGACUGCACCACCAAGGAGAGCGACUACCUCCCGCAGUGCUCACACUGCGCAGGAUGGGGUCACAGCAAGGACAAGUGCGCGACGGAGGAGGCCGUCCUGGCGCAGAUCGUCGAUGCCGACAGCAACGCCGACUCCGUCGACAACCAGGCCUUCUGCGCGGCGCCGGGCCUGCCAGGCGAGUGUGGUGCUGUUGCCCUAGGUCUAGUGGGGGUAGCGGAACUAGGCCAGGAUGUCAUGGUGUGCGUGGCUGAUACAGCAGCCACGUGCUCCAUGUUCCGAUGCGCAAACGCGUUCGUGAACUACCGCGAGUGUAGUGGUUGGGUCAAGGGGAUCGGAGGCAACAAGGCCCCCGUACCUCUCCUAGGGUACGGAGACGUGACCGUAGUCUUUCUGACCGAAGGCGGUAGGGUACCAGUGCUAAUCCUGAACGCCGCUCAUGUGCCCGAGACCCCCCCACAACCUUCUCUCACUGUCGGCGUUGGCCGAGGAAGGCCACACGUAUUCCGGCCAGAAGGGGGGGCUGACUCUCACUACGAGAGCCGGGGGGCAGGUGUGGUUCCCCCGGACGGGUAAGCUGCUAACUCAAGAAGGCUAUCAAAUCGAGCCGAAGGUAGACAUCGCCUGUGCCGCAACAAUUGUUCCUGGCGAUGCGAAAGCAGCCACCCCCACUGACCUCAACUACUACCACAAUUCGCACGGCCACACGCACGAGGAACUGCUCCAGAAAACGGCGAAACAGCAAGGAGUGCAGCUGACGGGAGGACCGCUGCUACCAUGCCUUGGCUGUUCGAUGUCCAAGGGGCAGGUGAAGCCCAACUCAAAGAGCACGGACACACGCGCAGAUAAGAAAUUAUUCCGCCUCUUUUUCGAUUUGGGGGGGAGGAUGCAGUUCAAAAGCAUUGGUGGCAACUGGUACACCCUCAUCAUCCGAGAUGAUUGCACCCGCUGGACACGUGUUUUCUUUCUGAAGCACAAG